AUGAACGGCAAAUUGACUCGUGGGGUCCACAUAAAUGAAUUUAAACAGCUCGUCUGUCAACCACAGAAGCUAAUCCACGCACGAAGCAUAAGCAAGAUAUUGAUGGUACGCGCGUGGCUUCGUCCUUGCGCGUCGGCGGUUGCUGUACUUGGUCGUCGUUCCAAGGGAAGCGCAAAAGCAGCUUUGCUAAGUGCGCAAAUUCCACGAUAUUGGACUGUGUGCACUGAUGUUUCACCGCAAAUCGGCAACUAA